AUGCAUACAAGCGAAUACGACUUUCUUUUCAAGCUCCUCCUCAUCGGUGACUCUGGUGUCGGCAAGUCCUGCCUGCUUCUGCGUUUCGCAGACGAUACAUACACCGAGAGCUAUAUUAGUACCAUUGGCGUUGACUUCAAGAUUCGUACAAUUGAGUUGGAGGGCAAGACAGUGAAGCUUCAAAUUUGGGAUACAGCAGGACAGGAGCGGUUCCGUACCAUCACUUCGUCUUACUAUCGUGGGGCGCAUGGCAUCAUUGUCGUUUAUGACGUUACUGACAAUGAGAGUUUCACACACGUGAAACAAUGGCUCCAAGAAAUUGACAGAUAUGCAUCAGAGGGUGUCAACAAGCUGCUCGUUGGUAACAAAUCGGAUCUCACGAGCAAGAAAGUUGUAGAAUACAGUGUUGCAAAGGAAUUCGCCGACCAAUUAAAUAUCCCAUUCCUCGAGACGUCCGCCAAGAAUGCAACGAAUGUCGAGCAAGCUUUCCUGACGAUGGCCAAGCAGAUUAAAGAUCGAAUGGGGUCUAGCUCAACGCCAUCGGGAGCUGCUAAAUCCUCGACUGUGACACCCGGACAGACCGUUCAAUCCCAGCAGUCGGGAAGCUGCUGCUAAUUGGUUCGGCACGUCAGUGUCUCUAGCUUUAUCCUUCAUUAUCGGUUUGAGAGCAUGACCGACGGAAGUGUCUUUACAUAUAUUGCCUCCACGUAUACACCACUUGCUACUUUUGUGGACUUUUCCGCCUUCAAUCUACAUGUUUCUUUAGUUUCCCUUGUCAAGGAUGUCAAUUUUAUUAUUGAGGGAGUGGUUAUGUAUGUGUUUUGAUUUU